AUGACGUCUGUCCGCCUACAAUACCGACGAAGAAAUCCCUACAAUACCCGCUCCAACAAGACCCGCAUAAUCAAGACCCCUGGCGGCAAGCUCCGCUACCUACACAUCAAGAAGCGUGGCUCAGCACCGAAAUGUGGCGACUGCAAGAUCAAGCUGCCUGGUCUUCAAGCCACCCGACCACGAGAACUCGCCACCAUGUCGAAGACGCAAAAGUCAGUAUCACGCGCUUAUGGAGGGUCGAGAUGCGCAAAUUGUGUGAGGGACAGGAUUGUGAGGGCAUUCUUAAUUGAGGAGCAGAAGAUUGUGAAGAAGGUUCUGAAAGAGAGUCAAGAGAAGAAGACAGGGAAGAAAUGA